GAAGAGUUUAAAAAAGAUUCAGAAAAGUGUCGGAAAGUGGUCCAAAAGCCUCAGCAGAUCGAAUACUACGACAAAGGAUCCCAACACAGGCUGCUUGUAACGUCCAAGGAUCUGUCAGGUCCACAGCAGUCCAGAGGAACGCAGGACUUUGUGAUUUUUUUUCCUGCGGGGAACAGAGAGGUGUAACUUCUCGAUUUUAAAGGUCCUUUCUCCACUGUGAAUAACCAAAGUGUACAAUGACAACCCAUUUUAGGAGCGGCCCAAGCUUCGGACUAUCCGCAGAGGUCAAAAGCAAGCUAGCAGGGAAGUAUGACCCCCAGAAGGAGGAAGAGCUGAGGCUGUGGAUCCAGGACGUGACUGGUCGGAGGAUUGGAGACAACUUCAUGGAGAGUCUGAAGGAUGGAGUCCAACUCUGCGAACUCAUCAACGCUCUGCAGCCAGGGUCUGUAAGAAAGAUAAACAACUCCCCUCAGAACUGGCACCAGUUGGAAAACAUUAGCAAUUUUGUGCGUGCAAUCACAGACUAUGGGAUGAAACCUCAUGACAUCUUUGAGGCCAACGAUCUAUUUGAGAACACCAACUACACUCAGGUCCAGAGCACUCUCAUCACCCUCGCUGGCAUCGCCAAGUCCAAAGGUUUCCACUCCAAGUACGACCUUGGCGUGAAGUAUGCAGAGAAACAGCAGCGCCACUUUGCUCCUGAGAAGAAUAAGGAAGGGCGCAAUGUCAUCGGCCUACAGAUGGGCACCAACAAGUUUGCCAGCCAGAAGGGCAUGACCUCCUAUGGAACACGGCGCCACCUGUAUGACCCCAAGACUGGCAUGGAGAACCCCUUAGACCAGGCCACCAUCAGCCUGCAGAUGGGCACCAACAAGGGUGCCAACCAGUCUGGCAUGACCGCCCCAGGUACCAGGAGACACAUCUUUGAUAAGAAGCUGGAUCUGGAGAACUGUGACACCAGCACUGUCUCCCUGCAGAUGGGCACCAACAAAAUGGCGUCCCAGCAGGGCAUGACCUCCUAUGGCCAGCCACGGCAAGUCUACGACAACAAGUAUUGCUCCAGCCCUGGUGACGAGUUAGACAAUGGAGAGGGUGUGGCCGAGUUUGACGGGUACCACCACUACUCUGACUGAACGGGACCAGAGGACAGAAUUGACCCCGUCUGGUGCAUGGGAUUGAUUUAUAGUAUUUGCAAAUAUGAUAUUGAUGUUGGCAAGCCUAACUCCCCUCUUUUGUGUUUUGCAUUUGAUAUGGUAACCACCAUAACAUAUCUUUGAGAAGCCCAAAAAUUUGAUAUUUAUAGAUGUUUUUUUAUAUUUAAUUUUGUUACAGCUGUUGAUGCCCCAUUUUAGAGUGAACAUAAAGAAAACUGAAAAAUCCAAGAGAGAAAAAAGGAAUGACUGACUAGGUGCUGUUUACAUUUAAUUUUUCUUAAAAAAAAAAAGUCCUUGUCCACAUUGGAAUAUUCAAGGCUCCAGAAUUCUCCAUGAGUUCUGUUGUGGAAUCUUCUGGAGAGUGAGAAAGGGCAGGAACAUGGACUAGUAUCUACAAGUGGACUAUGCUGGUCCAUGCAUCUGGUAUCUCUUCUGGAUCCCACACAGGCACCUUGUCUUAGUACUGUUUGAUAGCAUUAGUAGAUGGACUAUCUGCAACAUUAUUUCUAUUCUUGAUAUGAUCAUACCUUUCUGCAAUUUUUGUAAAAAUGAAAGGUUUCUUGAGCUUGGAGUUAUGUCGUGAGUACAGUCUGCCACUAAAUUAGCUACCAUGGUGGCCUCAUCGCCCUUAUCACCUACCUUGAACAGUAUACAAAUUCAGUUUAAUUUGGGUUUCCAGCACUCUGUACAGACUCUAUACUCUUGUGUAGUUUUAGCUAGUAUUUUAGGCUCCAUAUUUCUCAAGAGCACUUAGCUUUUGUAUCUGUUUUCACUUCCAACUUAAUGCACAUGCACAUGGCUAGUAUACCAAAGGGCAAGCAGGCUAGAUUGCUUACUUGACUAAAUGUUGACAAAAGAAAAUGCCAGAACUUAAUGGCAGAUAAGAUUUUUUCCCACCGCUUGUCUUGAAUGUUUUAAGAUAAUAAGACGAUGUCAGGUGCUAUUGAUAUUGACAAGUUGAUAUUGUUUUGGUCAUUGCCAUCUUUCAGAAGGCAAUAAAUCAUCAUGUACCUUUUUACUUACAUUUUCAGAUGCAAUGAACAGAAUACACAGCAAGUUAAACAAUGUAUUUGAAAGUUGAGUUACAACUCCUUGCUGGGAAAUGUUUCUUAUUGAUGCAUGACGUCUUGUGGCCUUGAAUGAAAUUCUCUUAAAAGCCAAGACCUUGUUUUCCCCAAAAAGGAACCGUUCAAAAGCAGCAAACUGUUCCAGAAACAUCCAUGUGUCUUUAAUGAUAAGAUAAUAAAUUAACUUGUCCAGUG